GUAUCAAAGACUGCACUGCCCCGUCCUCAUUUAUAUACAUUUUAUUCAAUAAUAAAUGUUAGUGGAUGAAUAGGAUGGCUAAAACAAAGGAUAUGAAAUCUAAAGUGAAAAUGGAAGGUGAAUUCAUCCCCCCGGACGGAGGCUGGGGGUGGAUGAUUAUCAUUGCCGCUGGAUUUUCUAACCUGUCCGCUCUGCCGAUGCUCCAGCAGUUCGGGCUGCUGUUCCGCGACAGGUUCGCCAGCCUCGGCAUCACCAGCUCGGAGACCACCACCAUCAUAAACAUGAACUCGGCGCUGACCUCUUGCGUCGGUUUAGCCAACGGGCCAGUAUUUAAAACAUUCACCUACCGCCAAGUGUCGCUGACUGGAGCAUGCGUGGUCUUCAUUUCAUUAAUUCUAUGCACAUUUUCGUACAACUUCGUCACCUACCUCGUAUCGUUUUCUAUACUGUAUGGUGCUGGAUACGGAAUAAGCAGCUCAGCUAAUGCACUUGCUUUAAACACUUACUGGAAGAAUAGAAGACGUCUAGCGACCGGCCUCUCAUGGACUACCACAGGUCUUGGCCCUAUGUUAUGGCCACACAUUAUCACCGGUCUGAUCUAUCUCUUUGGCGAACAUGGAUGCAUUUUUCUUAUAAGUGGGUUUUCCUUACAUGCCAUCGCUUGCGCAUUGCUACUUCAACCAGUGGAAUGGCACUGCAAAUCUACUAAUCGAGAAAAUGGCGACGAAGAAAAAUUGUUGGGUUCUGAACAAUCUGACAAAAAGGAUAAAGAAAGUGGUUAUUUCAGCAAUAUGUCAAAAUUUAAGAAUUUCAGUGCUUUUUCCAGUCAGUAUAUUUAUAAUGAGGAUGAUCCAAUUAAUCCAGGAUAUGAAAUCACAGACCCAGGAGUGCCCAUGAUGUUGCGUGCCAACGACGGUUACUUCAGUCAAUCACGACAAUCGAGAAGCAGGCUGUCGUCAAGGGAUGCCUCAGCUAAAACUUCCCGCAUGAAUUCAAAAAAACCUUCAAUGUCUAAUUUAGCUGAAAAUCGAUCUCGCAAAUCUUCUACGUUAUACCUCAAUGAAUCUAAAAAAAACUCUGCAGCAAAUCUGGGCACACUAGCCAACGAACGAGAAAGUUAUAAACCCAAGCUAUACCUUAAUGAAUCUAAAAAAAACUCUGCUGUGAAUUUAGGAGCCAUGGCUCAAGAAAGAGACAAUUAUAAACCAAAGAGAAAAACUUCUAUCACUCAAACGCAGAUUCCAGAAUCAGAAAUAGAAGACUGCCCGACACUUAAAGCUCCUCAAGAUCUUAAAGCUGAUGAAAAGGCAGCUGUUGAAAAUAUAGACCCAGAAAAAGCUAAAGUUAUUGCAGAUAAGGCUGAAAAACAUUUAGCUGGCAGUAAAAGUCUAAAAUCAUUCAAAAUGGAGGGUCAGUAUGGCGAGACAUACAACAAAAAUAAUCAUAGCAACAUAUCGCUUAAAAAUCAAGACGAUGUUGAUGAACGAAAAUAUUUAAGAGAUAAUGCCAGCAAUCAAUCAUACCGUACUAGAUAUAGACGGAAAUCGAAUAAUUUUAAUUACGAAAGCGAAGUGUUAAAACAAGCUUCUUUGAAAUUAGAGCAAUAUUUAAAAGAGAACGAAGAACCUGAUAAGUUCAAAUUGUUAAUUAAUGGACAGUUGGAGGAUGAUGUGUUUGAAGAAAACACAGAAAACAAGGAUGAUGAAGAUGAUGAAGAAGAACAGCUUACGUUUUGUCAAAAAGUUGCAAUAUUCUUCGAUUUAGAUUUGCUGAGAGACUUCACUUUCAUUAACUUGAUGCUCGGAAUCACCUUAGCUAACUUUAAUGAACUCAAUUUCUCUAUCCUAACGCCAUUUCUACUAGGUGAUUACGGUAUGAGUAAAUCAGAAGUGGCUUUCUUUAUGUCGUUGCUAGCGGGAGUGGACAUUUGCGUCAGAUUCUGCAUCCCUUUCGUAGCUGGCAAAAUCGGAUGGGACAACAAUUCGUUCUUCCUUUUUGGUGUCUUAUCAAUGGCAAUGGGUAGAGUGGUUCUCGCCCACUACCAGACGUACUCGGUAGUGCUCCUAGUGGCGGUCAUGAUCGGCUUCGGCAAGGGCCUGCGGACGGUGUUCAUGGCGCUGGUGAUCCCCACCCACGUGCCGCUGCACAAGCUGCCCGGGGCUACCGGCAUCCAGCUGCUCACAGCCGGCAUCGUAUACUUGGUGUUGGGACCUGUUGUUGGUACGGUUAUUAACGCACUUACCAGACGUCUCUAUAUGAAGUGGGAACUAAGUUGCAUUACAAUGUCUAGACCCAAAGUGACUAAAGUGCCGCCUGACGGGGGAUACGGCUGGGUCGUCACAUUUGCUUACGCUUUAAACAAUGUCGUGGUACUGCCGCUCAUAGCCGGUUUCGGCUUAGUGUUUCAAGAAGCGUUCCACGACGUGGGCUUGUCAGCGACACAGGGCACCCUGAUCAUCACCUUGAACCAUGGGUUCGGGAUGCUACUCUCGUUCUUCGGCGGGCCGGUGCUGCGCCGCUUCGGGUACAGGAAGGUGGCCAUCACGGGAGCCAUACUCAUCUCAGCGGGGCUUAUGCUCACGUCCGUUGCGUCCAGUUUCUGGCUCUUCCUGUUUUCUUAUAGCAUUUUAAAUUCAAUGGGAGUAGCAUCAGUCAUGGCAGCCUUCUCCCUAGCCAUUAACUCAUAUUUUAAAGAGAAAAGAAGCAGAGCUGUUGGUGUCGGAAUGUCCAUCACAGGGCUCGGAACCAUCUACAUGCCUCUACUCAUGAGUGCACUCAUAUAUGCCUACGGAUGGAGGUACGCUGUGCUCACUCUGGGAGCAAUUUGCCUACACUCUUUGGUAGGAGCUUGCUUACUUAGACCAGUAAAAUGGUACAUGGUAACACCUCCCCAGGAAAUGGUGCCGCUGAACAAAGAUGAUCAAGUAGAACUUAUUAAUGAAGGACUUCCACAUAAUGGCACUGUACCAUCGCUUCCACAACUUGAAGAGUUGAAAGAAAAUGGAUCGGUGUCUGUCAAAAGCCUGUCAAUGAGAUCACUAUCCAACGGUUUAAGUUUAGAAACCAGAAAUGCCAUUUCACAUCCCGAUGUGCAUAAAAAGUCUCAAGAACCAACAUCGGUUUUAGAGUAUAAAUGGUGGGAAUCUCAAGAAAUCAAUUUGGGUAGUUCGAUAAAUAUAUUUCGUGAGAAUGAGCUUCACAAAAAGCCUGUACCAGAAAAAGAGGCUUUCAUCGAUAAAACACUAGAAAUUGAAUCAAGCAAAACACUUGUGCAAAAAUUUGUUGACUUUUUCGAUCUGACUCUAUUGAGAGAUCCAAUAUUCUUGAACAUAAUGUUUGGAUUAUCAAUGGCUGGUUGUGUAGAGACAAAUUUUUCCUUAUUAUUUCCAAUAAUUCUUAAGGAUAUGUUAAGAUUUGAGACUUCGCAAAUAGCAAACUUAAUGGCUGUGAUCGGAUUUUCCGAUACUUUGUUUCGACUAGUGUCUCCGUUUAUAGGAGAGUGGUGCAAUAAGUCGCCCAGAGUCAUGUACAUAGUCAGCUUAGCUAUGGUCAUCUUUAUCAGGUCAAUAAUGUUAUUUACAACUUCGUUCAUUGGAAUGAUAUUCGUAGCCCUAGCAAUGGGGAUAACGAAAGGGGUACGGACGGUCUACAUGAAUAUUGUGAUACCGAACUACGUGCCCUUAGAACGACUGCCUUUCGCCUCUGGAAUCCAGAUGUUCUUCAACGGUAUCAUUAUUAUCACGCUAGGUACCGUGUUAGGGAAAGUCCGUGAGCUAUCCGGAAACUACAGAAUACCUAUCGUUAUCUUGAACUGUGUCACAAUGGUCACUGUAAUAAUGUGGGGUGCCGAGUUUCUCUACUUCAAGUUCAAGAACAAAUCCAAUGAAGAGGCAAAAGAAACGACCAGUUGAAGGCUGAAAUUAACC